CCUUCCUGGUCGAGUUCACUACUCACUGUCAAUUUAAGUAGUAGUGAGCUAUACGGUGUGAACAAUCCUUCCUUCGUGCAGAAGAGUUUGGGUGCACGUCAACAAAACACGUCAACGUCAACGUAUACCUCGCGACCGACCGAUCACUCUUCAUGUCUCCGUGCAGCGUCGUCCUGUUUUGCUGCGUCGUCGUGGUCGUCGUGGGUUCCAAUGGGAUUGUCCACGGCUUUACCAGUGUACCCCCAUCAUCAUCACCACCAUUGCUGCGGGUAGUAAAGGGUGGGAUUCGGACGCACCGUCCAUCACUAUCACCAUUAUCUCCGCACUCGUACAACCAUGGUAGUCGGCGACCACUCCGUAUGCUUUUGCCUGCGAACGAUUCCGCGUCUCAUACUCGUCGAGUCGCGACACGCCCGACACGACUUCUCCGUCCGACGUCGGGGUCGUCCAAGGGGUAUCCGUCCCGUAAAUUUCGGGUGUUGUCCCUCGCCGGACGUCCCGACAACAACAACGACAACGACUCGAAAGAGCGUCGCCAGUUUAUGCUCGAUCCCGUCACCCAAACCUUCGACCACGUGACCAAGUCCGUGCAAGAAUCGGUCGAGAACGCCCGGACGCGUCUCGAACAGCUACUCCGCUUCCUACCCGCACCCCUCCGCAAUUUCUACCGCGCCUUCUUCGAAAAACUCCACGCGUGGAAAGGAUUCUUGGUUAGUUUCACUGCCGGAGCCUUUCUCGCCACCGCCGCCAUUAUUUACCCCAUUUACGCUUCCGUAGAAUCACUAUCCCAACCCGUCACACUCUUCGAAACCAUACUCGGCGAUCUGGAACAAGCCUACGUGGAAGAAGUCGACACCAACAAACUCUUCGAAACCGGAAUUGCCGCCAUGCUCCGGUCACUCGAUCCCUACACGGAAUUCGAAGCUGCCCAAGAAGCCGUGGCACUCACGGAAUCCAUCGAAGGCCGCUACGGUGGUGUGGGUCUCGUCAUUGCCGGAACACCGCGGGCCGCGGCCGAACCGAAAUCCAACGCCAACCAACUACUGCCCGCCGCCGCACAAUCCGACACUGCCAGUCAAGAAGAUACCGAACGCAAUCGGAAUACCAUGAGUAACGUCAUGACCGAAGAGGAAGAAGACGAAUACAUGGAUCGCAAGGAACAACGCAAGGCUCUGGAGAAGGCACGCAAACAAGGAAUCCGGGUAGUCACCGCCUUUGAGGGGUACGCCUUUGAUUACGGCUUACGCGUCGGCGACAAGCUCUUGGCGAUUGACGAUAAGCCUCUCACAGCGGAUACGACGGUCGAAGACGUCCGCAAUAUGCUCCGUGGACAACCCGGAACCUUGGUAAGUAUUGAGUUCAACCGAGAUGGCGUCGAUGACGUACAAACCGUUACCAUGCCCCGUGCCGUUGUUCGCCUCCGGGACGUCAAACUCGCCACCCUCGUGGGAAGUCCCCGGGACGGGAUCGGCUACAUCCAAUUGAGUGGCUUUACCUCCAACGCCGGUGCCGAAAUGCGUCAGGCCAUUACGUACUUACAGCAACGGACACUGGACGCGACCAACGGAGACAAGAGUUUACAGGGACUCGUUCUCGAUUUGCGGGGCAACCCCGGUGGCCUUUUGACGUCGGCGGUAGACGUAGCGUCCCUGCUCGUCCCGAACGGCAGUGACAUUGUGUCGGCCCGCGGACGGGGCUUUCCCGGAAUGCUCUACCGGAGUCGGGUGGAUCCCAUUCUGAAUCCCAACACCAAACUGGCGGUGCUCGUCAACGGACAAACGGCGUCAGCGGCCGAGAUUGUGGCCGGGGCCGUCCAAGAUUUGGAUGUGGGCGUCAUUGUGGGUGCGGACCGCAGUUUUGGCAAAGGGUUGGUGCAAAACGUGGAAGAGUUACCUUUUAAUACGGCACUCAAGUUCACCGUAGCCAAGUAUUACACACCCAGUGGCCGGUGUAUUCAAGGCGUCAACUAUAAAGGAGGGGGUGGCCUCAAGGAAGAAAAUGGAGGAUACAUUGCCAGUAAGGUGGCCGACGCUGAUCGCAAGGUGUACUAUACCAAAGCGGGCCGCAUGGUGAGAGACGGCGGCGGUGUGGAAGCGGAUUACAAAAUUGAAGCUCCCAAGGCUUCGGCCCUGGAAGUGACGUUGCUGCGAUCGGGAAUGUUCAACGAGUAUGCCGCGGAAUGGAGUAAAACACACAUGCUGACCAACAAUUUUGCCGUGGACGAAGAUAUUUACCGAAACUUUAUUGCCUUUGUCGAUCAAAAGCAGAAAACUGGUGACAUUGAGCUGGAUGCGCUGUACAGUCGACCGCUAUCCGAUUUGAAAAAGGCUCUUAAACGGAGUGGAUAUAAGGGUGCCGAAAAGGAGGUGGAAGUGCUACAGGCCAACAUUGUUCGGGAAGUCCAAAAGGAUUUCGACAAGUAUCGAAAAGAUAUUAAAGAAGAUAUUUCCCAAGGCAUUCUGGCCCGAUAUCUUCCGGAGAGUAUGUUAAUUGAACGAGGUAUGAAAAACGACGCACAGGUGGAGGCAGCGAUCAAGCUGGUGGCCAACAAGAAUACAUUCGAUAAGAUUCUCGCGCAAGGAAACACGGCCGAGCGCAUGGGGGGCGCCAAUAGUUUGAAUAUGGCAUCCGGCGCCUCUGCACAAAGCACUAGCGGUGUACGAGCUACUAUCCAAUGGUAGAAUUGGAUCCUGCAAACGUCUUGUACAAACAGUAACAGGAUGAAGCCAACCGAGGAGAGAACUGGCCAGCAAACUAUUCACCGGUCCCCUCGGGUUCGCUUGGGCAGCAACAUUAAGCUAACUACGCUUCGGCAUUUACCCAUU